GCCGAGCGCAGAUGGCGUUGAAAACUGUGUCUAAUUUUCACAAGAGCGAGUUUGGAUCCUGUUACGGCUACGGAUCAGAUACGGAUUAACGCAACUACAUUGAAAAAUCAUCUGAGCUACACUCUUCUUACUGGUAUCCGCGCUUUCCUGCAUUUUGGAUCAGAGAAAUCAUACAUCUUCAGCAAAUCCGUCUGGAAGUAUCGCCAGCAAAUGUCUCAAGAGAUAUAUAUAGAGACAGAUUUUGUUCUCCACGAGAGGUCUCCAUCAGUUCCUUUUACCGAUCCCGCCCAUAGAUGAAUAUAUGUGUUGAGUCAGGGGAUUCACCAAUUUGUAGCUGAGUAAGCUGCAUGAAGAUAAUGUUAUUUGCUACGUCAGAAGUGAUUUGACCGUCAAACUGUGGCACGUAUGCGUAAGAACGUAGUAACCAAUAACUUGGUGCAGUUUUUGUAAUUCAUCUUGUAUAUUUUUUAUUUGUAUUUUCAUUUGCUUUGAAAGAUAUUGAAGAUAUAAAAUUGAUACAAGCUUUUCUCUUUUGUGCAAAAUAGUGUGUGAUUUCUGAAAAAUGGGUUCCAGUCAGACCACACCAGAACAACAUAAUACUACUUCUGAUUCGAAUUUACCGAAUAAAAACGAUGCAAAAUCUGAAUAUAAUCAUUCCGGUACUAGCAGUCCAAAUAAUGCUAAUUUAAACAAACCUUAUAAAAAUCCAUGUCCAGUGAAAUGUAAGGAUUGUAAUACGUAUCCAGUGUUGAAUGAACAUGUACUAUGUGAAUUUUGUUUAACGUCUAAGAAAAGAUCAUUCAAAUUUGAUGUUCAAUCUAAUUUUGCAAGCGAUGUUUCUUUGAAUGAAAAAAAGUAUGAUCCUAAGACGCAAACAUAUAGAAUUCACGCAAGAAAUACAGCACCUAUAUCUGCUAGAUUGCCCUUAAUAAUGACAAAGAAUGAUUUUACAAUUAUGUGGCCUUCGUGGAAAAAUAAAUUUCUCAUAUAUAUGAAGUUGAUCGACCAAGCAGAAAACAAUAAAGAAAAAUGGGGUAUUGUGCUCUUGAAUCGUUUGGGUCCCGGUGGACAAGAAGUAUAUAAAACUUUUACCUUUGAUAAUGAUCAAGCAAAAGAAGAUAUAGACAUAUUAUUUGAGAAAUUUGAUCAGUAUUAUACAGUUAUAAAUAAAAAGAGAAGAAAUGGCGAAGAUAUCGAUACAUACGUAAAUGACUUGAAGAUAAUGGCGUCGAUAUAUACGAUCGAUAUAGAUGAAGUAGUGAAGAAGAAGAUUCUGGAAGAAAUACCUGAAAACAAAUUUACAAACAGUGCUGUAAAUUUGGUGCCAAAGUUUUCAUUCCCAUCUAGCGUAAAGUCUUUGAGUGUACAAGAAAUAACGUAUAUUUGGAUGAAAUGUGAAAACGUGAAUUUUACACAAAGGGAAAAAAUCGUUAAUAAUGUGGUUAAAAACUGUGACGCUUGUAGUUUAAUGCAUGUAAUAGGAAAAUGUCCGGCUAACGGUAAAAAAUGUGGAAAGUGUAACAAUAUGAACCACUAUAUAAAGAGAUGCCCGACUCAAUAUAAAGAUGAUUGCUCAAAUUGUGGAGAUAAACAUUACUAUCAUGAGUGUCCUGCUUACAUGAAUGUAUGCAGCAAGUGUCACAAAUCAAAUCACUUCUACUGGAGAUGCGGACUUAAAAAAAUCUUAAAUUGCAAUUUUUGCGGUACAUCGCAUAUCAUGGUUAAACGCGCAUGUCCUGCAAUAAAUAAUAUAUGUUCGAAUUGCAACAAAGUAGGUCACAUUCCGGAAAAAUGUCCGAAUGAAACAUCGCAUCCAGAUACGUGCGCCUUGCAAUAAAUAAAUGUUCGAAUUGAAACAGAGCAAAUCACUUUUUGGAAAAAUGUUUGAAUGAAACGUGAAUUUUAACCGUUUGAGUGCCACGCGUCUCUGCUGUUUCUCCGUCCAAACGUGCCAAGGAGCGCUUUUUCGCUUGUCUUAUUCCCCAUCCAGAAAUGCCAAACGGCGCGAUAGCGCUUGUCUUAUUCUCUGAUGAUUGCAUCCAAAUGUUAGAUUGCAAUUAAAAUUCGUUCUUUUAUCAGUUGUCUCAUUAUUUCAUUUUUACCUAAAACGGAAUGGUAGCCGUAAAGUCACGCAUCGACAGAAGCCGAGCGUGUGCCGGUUAUCGGCUUCGCAGCCUAGAACGCUGGUACUUUUCGAGCGAAACAGAAGAAGCGCAAAAUCGUUCCUUGGCACUCAAACGGUUAAUGUAAUAUAAUAAUAUUGUUAUUUUUGUUUUAUAUAAGGUGCUUUAUCUCCUAUUCUUAUCUUUAAAUUUAACAUUAACACUUUAAUGGCCGCACGUCUACGCAGUCAAACGUCGCCAGGGGCCGGCAAUAUUUUUGAAGAAUUAAUUUUAAAAAACUAUUAAAAUUCACGAAAUAAUUCAACAUGUACAAACAUACAUUCAUAAAUCAUCACAGAGAGUGUGGUACUGGCCAAUAAUCUUCGACGGUAGCAUCACACACAUGUUGUGUGAGCGGACAAUAACAGUUGUUCUGGUUAUCACACACAUGUUGUGUGAGUUUAUUGGCCAUUAGUUUUAGUGAGGCCAUUAAAGCAUUAUGUAUCUCACUGUUAUCUUAUCGUGUUAUCGUACGUAUCUUCACUGCUCUUCCAUUAAUCUAUAUGGCAAAUUUUGAAAUUUUUGACUAGAAUAUACGUAUAUUUAUAAAAGUAUAUCUAUAAAAAUUUUAUAAAAUGUUGUUACGUGUAACAACUGUAUCUUCUUUCCUUUUUUUAAUUAAAUUUGUAAGUAAUGGAUAUUUUUAAUUUUUAAGCAGUAGAUAUUUUUAAUCUCAUAAUUAUGUACUAUUUUUUAGUUCGCAUGUUGUAUAUCAUUGUAUACUAUUGUAUAUUAUCAUUGUGCACUACUGUAUAUUAUCAUUGUACAAUAUCGAAUUUUAAAAAUAAAAGAUGAAGAUAUAGAUAAGAAAG